CCGCUUUCUCAGAGCGAGGAGGCUUCCUGAUUCUGGUGCUGCUCGGAUUUGAGGCAGAAUCUGUGAUUCAAGAGAACGAGUUGUAUAGAAGCCAUGGCUCUGAUUCUUCAUUCUGGCUUGAAAAACAAAAAUUCUUUCAAGACCCUCAUUGCUGCAGAAUACAGUGGAAUUGAGGUUGAACUCGUUAAGAAUUUUCAGAUGGGUGUUUCAAAUAAAAGUCCUGAAUUUCUUAAAAUGAAUCCACUAGGGAAGGUUCCUGUAUUAGAGACCCCUGACGGAGCUGUCUUUGAGAGCAAUGCUAUUGCACGUUAUGUUACGCGGUUGAAAGCUGACAAUCCUCUUUAUGGUUCUUCACCGAUUGAAUAUGCUCAAAUUGAGCAAUGGAUUGAUUUCUCAACAAAUGAAAUUGAUGCAAAUAUUUUCCGUUGGCUUUCUCCUAGAAUGGGAAUUGCACCUUACAAUGCCCAGGUGGAGGAGUUUGCCAUUUCUUCUUUGAAGAGGGGAUUGGAAGCUUUGAGCACUCACCUUGCUAAAAAUACUUACUUGGUUGGACACAGUGUGACAUUAGCCGAUAUUAUAUUGGGUUGCAACUUAUACAUCGGGUUUACUCGAAUAUUGACUAAGAGUUUUACCUCAGAAUUCCCUCAUGUAGAGAGAUACUUUUGGACAAUCGUUAACCAGCCUAAUUUCCACAAGAUCAUCGGUGAGGUUAAUCAGGCCGAAUCCAUUCCACCAAUUGCUUCAAAGAAGCCGGCCCAACCAAAGGAAACAGCGAAACCCAAGGAAACAGUGAAACCCAAGGAAGCAAAGAAAGAAGACAAGAAAGAAGCUAAGAAAGAAGAGCCAAAGCCGAAAGCAGAAGAGCCCGCGGAGGAGGAGGAGGCUCCAAAGCCCAAACCAAAGAACCCACUCGAUCUUUUGCCUCCAAGUAAAAUGAUAUUGGAUGAAUGGAAGAGGCUUUAUUCAAAUACGAAAACUAAUUUCCACGAGGUUGCCAUCAAAGGUUUUUGGGAUAUGUAUGACCCCGAGGGAUACUCACUAUGGUUCUGUGAGUAUAAGUACAACGAUGAGAACACGGUUUCGUUUGUGACCUUGAACAAGGUGGGCGGCUUUCUCCAACGAAUGGAUCUUGCGCGAAAGUAUGCUUUUGGUAAGAUGCUUGUGAUCGGGUCUGAUGCACCGUACAAGGUGAAGGGUCUUUGGCUGUUCCGAGGAAAGGAGAUUCCUCAGUUCGUACUUGAUGAAUGCUAUGAUAUGGAGCUCUACGAGUGGACGAAGGUGGAUAUUAACGAUGAAGCUCAGAAGGAGCGUGUCAAUGCCCUUAUUGAGGAUCAGGAGCCCUUUGAAGGGGAGGCUCUAUUGGAUGCCAAGUGUUUCAAGUAAAAACUUCAGAUGGCAUGCGGUGAACUUUUAAGAACUCUCAAGUCUUCCAUCCUAAUACAUUUUUGUCUGUUGAUCAAGUUUUGCUUAAACUAUUGAUGUUAUUUUAAUGAACUUAUCCUCUGUUGUUGUGUUAAUUUUAAAAUGUUUUAACUUGAAAGAGUUUGCCAUAUUCAACAUUUGUUGUGUUUUUUGAAGUGGAUAAGAUUGAAGCCAAGGUUUCAGUUUGUGAAA